AUGUCCGAACUUGUAUCCCCCUUGCUUGGUGACCACAACACGGACCUCGAGAAUCAGCCACAAACCGGAAAUAAGGAUAAGCAUCACCACAGAAGCAAGACCUUCCCUCUACCAACUUCUGUUGAAUUUUCACGAGAUGUAUCGGGCAGCCGUUUCAUUGGAAACCUAGCAUCAUGGUCCAAAAAAGGAGUAGAAGGGCUAGGAAUAAGCAGAAACAGCAGCUACAACCGACAAUACCAUGAACAUCAGCAAUCCAAUGAAGAACAACAGUAUUACGACGAUGACGAGUAUCCGUAUGAUGUGCAUCCAAAUACAUCCUACUACGCUCAUCUUAGAGCCAAGACCCGUGCAUUCCUAUCAUCCAAAUGGGGUCAUUACAUCGUCCUAUGCAUGGUGGCCGUAGAUGUAGCGUGCAUUUUUGCCGAUUUCCUGAUUGAAUUGUGGGUUUGCGAGUUAAGUGAAAGACACCAAACACCCAUUGAUCGUCGCUGGAGUCUGGCACAGGAGGCUCUGGGAUUGGUGGGCUUGAUAUUCUCCUGCUUGUUCAUGCUGGAAUUGAUUGCUUCCGUACUGAGCUUUGGGUUGGGUUAUUUCCGGUCAAAGUUUCAUACCUUUGACGCCCUGGUGAUUGUCUUGGCUUUUAUUCUGGAUAUUGCGUUAAGGGGUGUUGUGGAGGAAUUGGGUUCACUUAUCGUUGUGCUGCGGUUGUGGCGGGUUUUCAAGAUUAUUGAAGAGAUGAGUGAGGUUAGUGCUGAGAUGAUGGAGAGAUAUGAAGUUGAGCUGGAUAAUUUGAGGGUGGAGAAUUCAAAAUUGAGGAGGAAAUUGAAGGGAUACGGGUACAACGACGAGGGGGAUGAUAUUGAGGGUAAUAUUGGAGGCGACGAGGAAGUCAACGAAUGA